AGCUAUCAACUUGUCCAGCAAUGGCCGAAAACAAUACGUCCUGGAACCACACUAACAACACAAAUGGCAAUGGUCCUGCGCCACCAGGCCCUCCAAUGCAAGAGAUGACCGCAGAAGAUGUUGCCGCUAAUGUCUUCUUUUGUAUCUUGGCCGUCAUGAUAGUCUUUGGUAACGCUCUUGUGAUUGGUGCAUUCCGAGUGAAUAGGAGACUGCGCACAACCACUAAUCUGCUGUUGAUGUCGUUGGCAGUGGCGGACAUGCUUAUUGGAUCAAUUUCAGUGCCAUUGUGGGUGUACAUAUCGAUAACUUACAGUUUUAGAGGAAAUCUUUACAAGUUUUAUAUGAUCUUCGACGCUAUUUGUGGGGUGUCGUCGAUUCUGAAUCUCACAGCCAUAAGUUUGGAGAGAUCUUAUGCCUUGCUAAGUCCAAUAAGUCACCGGAACAUCAGUAAACGUAAGUACCUUGAGAUUACAGUUAGGAACUAACCAAAUCCAAACUGAAGCUUUAGAAAUGUUGCUGCAAAAGUUUUCAUAGGAAGUACAAAAGUUGCACCUAAUGCAGUUAGCCUAAUUUCAGUUCUGGUAAAUGGUUUAGCCUAGCCUUCAAAUUUUUCAUUCCAAAAAAAAGAAGGCUUAGCACACUUUCAUAUUCUUUUAUUCUGUUUCGGUUACCUCUUCUGAAGUUCAAUCGUUCUAAAUUAGCAAAAUGUUUCUUAUUUUUGAGUCAAACAAACGUUCAUUGUUUGCGUUAACUUCACUUUCAGAAAAUGUUACCAUGAAGUGUUACCGCAUGCGAAUAAACGACACCUCGCAUGAACAAUAAAAGAGUCUAUGUAAUCUUGAAAGGAGCGAGUUAUAUUUAAAUAAUUUUCUCCAAGUUGUGAGUAAGAUUUCUUCAAUGUAAUCGUUAUUUGUUGAAACGGCGCAACUAGAGAACAAAUGACGAAAAAUCCUGAACCUUCUCUGACCUUUCCGUUCAUCUGCUUACAGGUUGGAUCUUGGCCAUCAUCUUUUUUGCCUGGGCUUUAGCGAUAUUUGCUGGUUUGAUGUCAGAAAUAAAGGCUUUCAAGAAAUUUUUGGGUAUCAUUGUAACAGCAGUAUUUUUUUUUGUACCCCUGGCUAUUAUUCUGGGAGCCUAUGGAACCAUCUUUCACAUAGCCAGGGCGCAUGCCCGUGGAGUUGGGAAAAGCUCUUUUAAAAAGGUAAUGGGAUUUCUGUAUUUAAUUUUUUUUUUAUUAGAUCAAAAGCGAAGUUGGCUCUGAGCAGCCAUAUUCCUUUUUGCAGCUUUGAUUAAAAAAACAAAAACUUCGUUUUAGUGCCAAAAUGAAAGGGCACGGAUUUUAUUUUACAGUUUUUAGCGUCAAACCCAAAAAUGAACGAUAUUUUUCGUCGGUUAUAUGCAAUGCCUCAACGUUUAAAUUGGGAGAAAAUCUUUUCAAAUUUGUAAAGCUUUGUCUAUCUUCAAAAAGAAAUUGGGUUAAGAAGUGCCUGUGCGUGCUGAAUUUCCCGAUGCUAUUUUUUAUUGGUCUUGAUUCGCUCUAAAUGUUUCACAUCACAACUUAUUAACAAAUACGAAGGGUCAGAGGCUCGUUUUUCUAUAGUUUCCUCCCCUUAACAGUAUUUGGCCUCUUUUAACAGAAGUCAGCUUGGAAAGGUAAUUUUUCUCUCUUUAACUCUAAAUAGAUAGAUGUUUUAAUUCUUGGUAGAUAAUGAAGAAAUAAGUAGUGUGGAACAAAUCUUUCAAAUGUACAAAUCCGUUUUCCACCACUGAGGGAUCGAGUAAUUACGUUCAAUGGCUGUUACUGCUAAAUAAUCAAGUGAAAUUUGAGAAGAGGUUGCCGCUUCCCCCAGCUCAAAGAAAUCAGGGGAGCACCCUCUCCUGAAGUUUUGGAACGGGGGACGAAUGUACAAAGGGAGCACAAUCGAAACUUGUGUGGGAUUAUCAUUCCUGAAAUUAAGGAAGAGAGAGAAAAAAAGACAAAGUAUUUCUAUUUUUUGAUCUGCGAAAAUGCAGUCCUAUGCAACGAUUACUCAGUUGCCAGAAAAAUUACUUUAACCUGUUGACCUGAUGUUUAACCAAACUGUAGAGUAAUCUAGAACUGCAAUCUUGGUAGCCAAGUAAUUUCAUUUUGCCUUAUUUUUAGGAUCUGCGUAUCGCUACAACUGUCGCUGUGGUCAUCGGCCUUUUUGUCAUUUGCUGGACGCCAUUUUUCGCGCUCAAUUUUGCGUUUUCAGUUUGUGGCAACAUAAUGUUCAAAACAGCUGGAUGCAAAGGCCUCCUGGUACUACCACAAAUUAUUCUAAACAUCAAUAAAUGGUUACAAUAUGGAAAUUCCGUUUGUAACCCCAUAAUCUAUGGUCUACGCAAUAAAGACUUCCGACGAGCGUUCCGAAAAAUUUUACUGAGUCUUUGCUGCAAAAAGGUCCCGAUAUCAGACUACAGUAAGAGCGCGUAUGGACGCACUGUGCGAAGCACCUAUCUUCAGCGCGACUCAAGCAUUGAAAACUCACGAUCUGUCAUCGUACCACCGCACACAAACGGCUCGGGAAUGUUUGAUACAAGAGGAAGCUACCGUAGAGCGAUUCAGAGUGGUCGCACUAAACCUAUCAAGCUCAAAUUCACAAAGAAGACUCUAACGGAUGGUUUGUUGUCGUUAAACGUGGAUGCAUUCCACAGCCUUUCUUCUGGCGACUUAACUUUGUCUGGCACCCUUUUGAGCACUCCAUCAAGUUCUCCAGCUGAGCUUUGUAACCCCGCCUUCGAGGAAGAUCAGACGGAAAAUGGUAUCCUUCCGAUUGACCAAGCCAUGCCACAACGGGGCUUCGGUGAAAAGCUGUCAGGAUCGAAUCAUUCUUUAAAUAAAAGUGCUCCAAACGGUACCCUGAAGAAUAGAAAAACCCGUGUUCAUUUUACACCUUCGGACAGUGAUGAAAAGGACGAGGUUGAAAACCAAACCGUGUCUACCCUGGCACCUUUUGAAAGACAACGUUCUCUCUCAGAAAUAUUCGUUCGACCCAAUGGUGAAACAGACAGUCUUAAGCGGAAAUUACGGUCAUCGUUUUCUUAG